CAUAGAUCUUGAGCAUAUUUCGAUGCUCUAUCAAGGUUUGACCAAGAAAGUAUACUGCAAUCGCAGGGUUAGAAGGUGGUAGAGAUGGUGGGGUGUCACUGGUGGUGUAUAUAAUUGAUGUCCGUAUUAUGAUAGGCCCUUUCCUCUUUCCACCUUUUGCUUUUCUCUCUUCUUCUCCCUCCAUCUCUCCCACCAUUUCUUAUUUCUUUGUUUCCCAUUUUGCUUUAUUUUUCCCUCGCAGUUUAAUAGCUGGAUCUCUGACCCAAUUGUCUGCUUGAUCAUCAACACCAUCACUUUCUUUCCCCCUUUGUUUUCUUCUUUUCAAUUAAACCCUAGCUAGCUACUCCUCACCACUUCCCUUAUAGCAAACCCCAAUUUCACCCAAAGAAGAUCCAAGAAAACAAGAGAAAAGAAAGAUGACUCCGGCGGCGGCUGCGGCGGCGACACCUACUAAUUACACGGCCGGACAGUUUGGUGAUACGACUUACACAAAAGUGUUUGUUGGUGGGUUGGCUUGGGAAACCCAGAAAGAUACCAUGAAAACGUACUUCGAGCAGUUUGGUGAGAUCUUGGAAGCUGUUGUCAUCACUGAUAAGACCACUGGCAGAUCUAAAGGCUAUGGCUUUGUGACUUUCCGGGAAGCCGAUGCGGCGAUGAGGGCUUGUGUUGAUGCAGCUCCGGUGAUUGACGGCAGGAGGGCCAACUGCAAUCUUGCUUCUUUGGGUGUUCAAAGAUCGAAACCCUCAACCCCUAACAAACUCGGUGGAGGAAGGACCAUUAGGGUCAUGGGUGGUUAUGGAGGAGGGUAUCAUCAUCAUAAUCAUAAUCAUAACCAUCAUCAAGCUGGUGGUGCAGGUGGAAUGGGGACGACAGCUUUCCCUUCUGCUACAGCCUUCCCUCAUUAUGCCAUCCACCAAGGCAUCCCUUUCCCUGCUACUAAUCUUUAUGGAUACUCUCCAUAUUCUCCAGAUUACACAUAUCCAACGAGUUACUAUAAUGUUUAUGGAGGCACAAAUGGGCAGUAUCCAUAUUAUGGAGCAAAUGCCGGUGGUGGUAUGAUGACAGCCGCCGGAGCCGCCGCCGCAGCCGCCGCCUUCUACCCCUACCUGAACAUGGCGGAAGGUGGUCAUGGAAACUACGCAACUGGUCAAAGCUAUGGUGUGUACCCUCAUCAUCUUUAUCAGUAUUCUGCCGUGAAUUCUUCAGGAGGAUACCCACAACAAUAUGGCACUCCGAUCUCCCUAGCAGCUACUCCACCAUUGCAACCUGCAGUUUGUUUUGCUGUACCACAGGCGUAAACAUGGUUCUACAAUCGCCUGCUGCUCAUCAUUAAGAGAUUCAAGAACUACGUUGAUGAAACCGAGCCUGCAUGCAUGCAUAGUUCUCUUUCUAUUCUCAGAAUCUUUUCCAUUCUGAAAAAACAAAAAACCCACCCGACCUUUGGCCCAACCAUGGUUAUCUCUUUCUUUGUCUCUCUUUCAUGGAAGCCUUGUAAGUCAAGGUUAUCCAAGGUAUGGAAUCAAGCCCCCCAUAGGGGUUAUCCAUCCAAAUUUAGAGGACAUUUUUCUAUCUUCUCUUUAAAGGGCAGGGUCCCCUACAAGAGAAGGACACCCCAAAAAGCAUAUGCAUGUGCAUCUCACCAACUUAUGGCUACGGAAAAAGGUUCAUAAGUUGGGGAAAUUUUUAUAUAAAUUCUUGGCCUAUGGGAAAAGGUCAAAAAAAAAAAAAAAAAAAAAACUAAGACAUCAUAUAAUCAACUCAUUUCUCUUGUAUUAAAGAGAGUUUGUAAAUGCUUCAA